AUGUCUAAGAGUGCAAGCAAUGUCUCUACUUCAAACAGUCAUGGUUAUGGUACAUUUGGAUCUUUGAUUCGUGGAAACAAGAGAAUCGAGUGUUUUUGCCAAGAUGAAAGUGUUCUUAGAACAGUGAAUGAUGUGAACAGUGUCAACAAGGGGAGAAAAUUCUGGGGUUGUAAAAAUUACAUAAACCACAUUAAAAAGGUUGUAAUUUUUUCAAGUGGUUUGGUGAUGAGUUUGUUGAUGGAAAAAGAUUUGAAGCUUGAAAGACAAAAGAAGAAAAUUAACAAAUUGAAGAAUGAAGUUAUCUACACUAGAUGGUGGCUCAAAAUGUCCAUUGUUGUUGGGAUUGUGACCUUAGGGUUGAACCUUGUGUUUGUAACAAUGUAUCUCAAUUAG